CUGAGAGAACAGAACUGACAUAAGCGAUCGAGGGAUUACACAAUGGCCAGCAGAACAAGCACACACACGUCUUCUUACAAGAGAAUGUUCGGAGGGGAGAGACCCGUGAUGGCUCGGUCCACCUACUCAAGCCGCCAGUUCUCCAGCCCGUUGCGGUCGCGACUCUCCUUCGGCGUGUCUUCUGCCCCGACCAUCUACGCGACCAAAAGCACACGGGUCCGCAGCAGCGCGCCCAUGCCCAGGUUAGCGUCAGAGAACGUGGACUUCGCCCUGUCCGAUGCCAUCAAUACCGAAUUCAAGGCCAACCGCACCAACGAGAAGGCGCAGAUGCAGCACCUGAACGACAGGUUCGCCAGCUACAUCGAGAAGGUGCGCUUCCUCGAGCAGCAGAACAAGAUCCUGCACGCGGAGCUGGAGCAGCUGCGGGGAAAAGGCACCACCCGCAUCGGGGACCUGUACGAGGAGGAGAUGCGUGAGCUGCGCCGUCAGGUGGACCAGCUCACCAACGAGAAAGCACGCGUGGAGGUGGACCGGGACAACCUCGCGGAGGACAUCGAGCGGCUCAGGGAGAAACUCCAAGAUGAGAUGGCGCAGCGCGAGGAGGCCGAAACCAACAUGCAGGGAUUCAGACAGGAUGUGGAUAACGCCUCUCUGGCCCGCCUGGACCUGGAGCGCAAGGUGGAGUCCCUGCAGGAAGAGAUCUCCUUCCUGAAGAAGCUGCACGACGAAGAGAUGGCCGAGCUUCAGGCCCAGGUCCAGGAUCAGCACGUUCAGGUAGACAUGGAGGUGGCCAAGCCCGACCUGACCGCCGCCCUCCGUGAUGUCCGCCUGCAGUACGAGAACCUGGCCAGCAAGAACAUCCAGGAGUCUGAGGAGUGGUACAAGUCCAAGUUCGCUGACCUCUCCGAAGCCGCCGCCCGCAACAAUGAAGCUCUGCGGCAGGCCAAGCAGGAGGCCAACGAGUACCGUCGCCAGGUGCAGGCGCUCACCUGUGAGGUGGACGCCCUCAAGGGCACCAAUGAGUCUCUGGAGCGGCAGAUGAGGGAGAUUGAGGAGAGCUUCGGCCUGGAGGCCUCCAACUACCAGGACACCGUCUCCCGUCUGGAGGACGACAUCCGUAACAUGAAGGACGAGAUGGCCCGCCACCUGCGCGAGUACCAGGACCUGCUCAACGUCAAGAUGGCGCUGGACAUCGAGAUCGCCACCUACAGGAAGCUGCUGGAGGGAGAGGAGAGCCGGAUUUCUACUCCUCUGCCAAACUUUGCCUCCCUGAACCUGAGAGAAACCAUGCUGGAGGCAAAACCCAUGAUUGAGACCAUGUCAACCAAGAAGGUGCUGAUCAAGACCAUUGAGACCAGAGAUGGUGAGGUGAUCAAUGAGUCGACCCAGCACCACGACGACCUGGAGUAACCUGCCACCCGUCUCUACCUGUCACCUGUCUCCACGACCCACACCAGCGGACAGGCAAAAACAGGUUGCAGAUGAGAGAGGAGGAGAGACGGAGAGAGAAGGAGAGAGGGAGAGACAGAGAGGGAGGGACGAAGCCG